CGCGUGUAUCCACAGCUGACUUAAUGAUGUGAAAAAGCUAACCGGUUAGCACACCAAGCUUUUUACUUCAUUAUUUCGGAGAAAAUUGGCGCCCUUCUCCGCGGCGCUACCACACUAACAUCGGGCUGUGUUUUAGUCGCCAUGCCUGUUCAUUCCCGGGAGAAGAAAGAAAGUAACCACGAAGAAAUGGAGGUGGAUUUUCCCGAGCAGGACGGCAGCAGCAGCGAGGAGGAGGACACCGUUAGCUCGUCCGUGUCUGAAGAUGGAGACAGUUCGGAGAUGGACGAUGAGGACUGCGAGAGGAGGAGGAUGGAGUGUCUGGACGAGAUGACAACUCUGGAGAAACAGUUCACAGACCUGAAGGAGCAGUUGUACAAGGAGCGUCUGAGCCAGGUGGAUAUCAAGCUGCAGGAGGUGAUGGCCGGCUGUGCCCAGGAGUACCUGGAACCUUUAGCCAACCUGCAGGAGAACAUGCAGAUCCGGACCAAAGUGGCUGGAAUCUACAGGGGGCUGUGUUUGGAGUCGGUGAAGAACAAAUACGAGUGUGAGAUGCAGGCUGCCUGUCAACACUGGGAGAGUGAGAAGCUGCUGCUCUUUGACACCGUUCAGAGUGAACUGGAGGAGAAGAUCAGAAGAUUAGAAGAAGACAGACACAGUAUCGACAUUACCUCAGAGCUGUGGAAUGAUGGAUUGCAUGCACGGAAAAACAAGAAGAAAGAUCCAUUCUGCCCCGUCAAGAAGAAGAAGCCUGUUGUUGUGUCUGGGCCAUAUAUCGUCUACAUGCUGCAAGAUCUGGAUAUCCUUGAAGACUGGACAGCGAUCAGAAAGGCCAUGGCGUCACUGGGACCACACAGAGUGAAGGUUGAUGUUCCUGCAGUCAAGCCUGAGAGACAUCACCAUGUGGCGCGCUCUGAGGACGGACGACUUUUCUAUGACAACCAAUGGUACUGUAGGGGACAGGCCAUCUGCAUCCACAGGAAGGAUGAGUACCCGACAAGUGCCAUCAUCACCACCAUCAACAGCGAUGAGGUGUGGUUCAAGCGUCUGGAUGGCACAAAGUCAAAGCUGUACGUCUCCCAGCUGCAGAAAGGCAAAUACACAAUCAAGCACUCAUAAAAACACGCAUACACACGCUGCCAUCAUUGUCUCCCUUCACCACGUUGCCAUAGAUACAAUUACACACUACUACCCUGGGAUCUUUACUAAAAACUUUUAAGAAAAACGCACAUUCAUGUUCAAACAUGUCGUGUCACUACCUUUGUGGACAUGCCAGAAAAAGGCUCUUUGUCCUGAAGUGGACAGAUAUCAGCCGGCUCUCUCUGUAAAUAUGUAUGUAUGUCGAUAUUGUCAACAAGAUCACAGUGUCAUUUUCUCUGGAACAGAGAUUCAUGCAAAGUGCUGCUAAAAA